UAAUGUCUGCCAGCGCCACCUCCGCCAACGCAGGGCUGUGUCUAGGAUGGAGGACCAGCAUCCCGACCCCGGAACCCCUCAGGCCUGCUCUCCAGGACGGGGAGGAGGGCGCAUUCAGGCAGUCCAAGAGUAAUGGAGGCCAAACAUGUGCUAGGCUCUGUUUUAAUUACGGGGGUUUCAUUCAUUUAUUGAAUUCCACUGUAAAACCCUGAACAAGACAGACAUCUUGCCUGCCCUCAAGGAUCAUGUAGGCUCCGGUGGGAGACGGUUUGAAAAAAACAAGCAAGCGGAUAAGAUACAGAGGGAUAAGAUAGUUGCUGAGAGGAGAGUGAAAUAGGGUAAGGGGAUAGUUGGGAGGGAAUAGCUGCUUUCCCGUGUUCAGGGAAGGCCUUUAAGGAGGUGAGUCCUGGAUGAUGGGAAGAAGAGUCAUGCGCAGAUAUCUGGGGGGUGGGGUGGGGAGAGUUUGUAGAAAAGGGAACAGGGAGGACUGUUCUGAGGAGGUGCCACUUAAACUGAACCCUGAAUGAUGGAGGAGUGGUUAUGCACACGUACGGGAGCAAAGGUGUUCUAGGCAGAGGGAACUGAGUACAAAGGUCCUGAGGUGAGACUGAGCUUGGUGUGAAUGGUGAGCAGUGUGCUGGAGUGGACAGAACUUCAGUGACCUAGUAGGGUGGACCAAGGGCCUUGCCAGUGGGGGACAGGGAAUCUGAUCCCCAUUUGACAGAGCAGCAAACCGGGGUUCCAGAGGGAGAAACUGUUUGAGGAAGUGAUGGCACCCUGCUUUUCCAGUUCCACCAUGGCUGACCUUGAAGCCUGUGCAUCUCUUUACUGUUACGUUCUAAUCUAGUACGAGGCCUCCUGCAGGAUUGAGGGGCUGAGUCUGUGCUCUCACAGGGAAGCAGUGACUGGCAGACGCAGAACCAGGUGGGCCUGGACUCAAAGCUCUUGUCCUUUGUUUUUGCCUGUGACCAUUCAGAGCCUGGGAGAAGGGGCCAGUAAACCCCAGGAGGCCUCAUAGGAGACUAGAUUUUCUCAGCCAAGCUAGGAGUUCUUUGAAGGUAGCAGCUAGGCCUGAUUCUUUUGGUGUGUGGAGGGGGUCACCUAAGCCUAGCCUGGGAUAAGUAGAGUCUCUGUGCACGUGUGGGAAAUGCACACAUUUCUCUGCUUCUGGGAGGACUGGAAAUGGGAAUGGGAAAAUGCGUUCUGGACCUUGUAUAUAUGCUUGAUCAGAAGCCUCUGGUUGCAGCAAGAUGUUUGUGAUCCUGGCAAGGCCUUAGGCUGUGAGUGAGUGGUUCAGAAAGGUCUAGCUUGGGGCUGGUGGGCGGGUGUGCCUGGGUAUGUGAGCAAGCAGGCCAAGUACCCACUUACCGACCUGUGAGCCCCACAGUAAUCUGAGACUUAGUCAAAAGGGGGCAGGCAGCAUGCCUUUCCUUACAGAGUUAAGAGAAUGGAUUCUGACAUCAGAGUGCCUCGGUUCAAAUUGCAGCCCUGCCGUCUGUUGGCUUUGUGACCUCGGCUAACUCAUUUAACCGCACCGUGGCUCAAUACCCUCACCUGUAAAACAGACAGUUACAACACCUACUGCGGAGGAGACGAGUAAAAGCCCUCAGAACCAAAUCUGGCUCGUAGCAGUGCCAGCAAGUGUUAGCUAGUGUUUAUAUUUAGGGACUCACACAUACAGUUCCUUGGAUACCCCUCCCAAACUCUGCUCUGCCCAUCACCUGCUGUGUGGCCUUGCCUCAGUUUCUUCAUCUGUAAGCCUCAGUCUUCUCAUCUGCUAAAGGGGAAUGACAGUCACUUUGGUUGGAUUGAAUGCAGCAAACAUGGGCAAGGCACUGAAGGAUGGUGGUAGCCGUGGAAGAGAAUAGUGGCCAGCAUUUACUGAGCUCUGUGCUGACAGCUUCGAGUCUGUGCUCGCCUGAGUCCUGCUGUGCGUGCUCUGUGGGGUAUAGGCGCUCAGAUUAUGCACACUUAAUAAAGGGGGAGACUGAGGUAGCUCAGGGAGGUGAGCCAGCUUAAGUCCACUCAGCUAGUGACAGGACCGGGGAGGACAUGCUGGGACUUUUUUUUUUUUUUUUUUUACUACUCCUCUGGAAGGUCUGACAGGGUUCAGGAAGACUUCUGCAUGUCAUUCCUGGUGUUCCCAGCAGGUCAUGCUUUCCUUUUAACUUCUCUCUCUCUCUCUCUCUCUCUGUCUCUAUCACUCUUUUCUGUCUCUCUCUCUCGGCUUUUUUUGAGGUGUACAAAGUGUACUGAUCUUAAGUAUAGGGCUCAGUGGAUUUUUACAUACAUAUGCUCGUGUAGCCAUCACCCAGCUCAAGGUUUGGAGUGGUCCCAGUGCCCAGAAUCGCCUUCAUUUCUGUCACUCUUCCCAAGUUGCUUCCCAGGUGGCUGUCGUGGGAGCCCUGUCUGCAAGAUGUGACAGUUUGGGUAACAAGAGUUUGGUCAUUUUAGAGUGUAAAAGGAAGAGAACCAGAGAAAUCAAAAGCUCGCAGGGCCAAGGUGGGUGGAGAGGGUGUUUUUCUUUUAAAAUACACGGGUGGUUUUAAGGAGAAAUUGAAGCAGCCCGUUCAGACGAUUGUUUUGGUAUCUGGCCCCAGGUCUGUGGUUCCUAACAUGACUUGUGAUAUUAUUUUAAGUGGGCAGAUGGCUUUUUGAUAGCUUCUUUAUCUUUUGAUCUCAGCUCUUGCAAAGGGGAGGUUGGUGCUCAUUGCAAGAUCAGCGGUAAGAUUUUCUUUGUAGGUCGGUGGCUUUCUUGGCGAGUACAUUUCAACUUAUUAUUGUUUUAAAAGCUGUGUGCUGCCAGUGACUUGGAGCGCUGUUGAAGAACAGCUACCGCCUGCCACCCAGCCCUCUUGGGGCCGGUAGCCGAUCUCAGGGGGGAAGGCCGAACGUGCAGGAGCCCCGUGGCAGAGGGCUUCUUCACAAGUGCCGGCUGCGGGCCCCCCCCGCCCCCCGUACCGGGCAUGGCCACGUCAGGUGGGGGGCACAGGGGAAGUCUGUGGUAGCCAUGGGGAUACAGCUCAGAAACUGGAAAAUGGCUGCAUUCCCUGGAUCGCUGGACCAGGCUUUUGAAAACUCUUAGGCUUCGAGAUGAUCCAUCAACAAGCACUUGUUGAGGGCCUACUAUGUGCUGGGCACGGUGCUAGGUUCCAACAGGGAAAAAGAUGCAGACUGGUAGUAAGCUGUCAAAGGUUUUGUGGUCGAGCUGGGUGGGCGAGGCAGGGACGGAGGGCUUGGUGUGUGUGACGCUUGGCAGAGACCCUGCUCUGUGCUGGGCAUUGUGCUGAGGGUUUGCGUGCAAAGGCCUCAUCUAAUCCUUUCAACAUUCCCUGAGAGAGAGACUGUUUUAUCCCUCUUUCCUGGAUGAGCAAACUGAGGCUCCCAGAGUCCAGAGUCCUAGGGCUGGUGUCGGGAGGAGCCCUCCUGAUCUGCCUUGGCUUAACACCCUUAGGAGGUGUCCUGUUCCUCUUAGAAAGAAAGACCAAGAAGGCCUCAGCAUGGCCUUCAAGCACCCCCCUGCCCUGUCCCCCAGUCUGGCCUCCGCAGCUGCUAGUCUCACAUCCCACUGUCCUCUGCCUUCUGAGCUUCUGUCACCGUGGUCUUAACAAGGUGCCUUGCCCCUUACUGCUUCAGGGCCUUUGCCCAUGCUGUUUUCCAUCACCGGGAAUGUUGGUCCUGUGCUCCUUGCGGUCUCCUCGUUUUGAUCCCUCGGUUCUAAGAGUGCUUCCCCUGGGAAGCCUGCCCAUCCCAACAUCCUCAGGCCCCGAUGUUCUCAUAGCAUGGAUCAGGCGAGCCCUGCCAGAGAAUGUCACGUAGCAGAACAAGUGUGUGUUGCCACAACUUUAAGAUCAUUUCCCACCCUGCCUGGCAGUUUUAGUCUAUUUUUCUGACCCACUCUUGUCUCCACCUUGCUGUGACUCUUUUCAAAUGUUCUUUACCUUCAGACUUUACUUCCUGCUUCAAAAAACAAAACGAAGCCGUAAGAAUGGAACUCCCCACAGCUCGCAGCCCCCAAACCUGCAAACUAAGUUCCCUCCCUUGUGUUACAGGGGAGGAGGGGGCCCUUUUACUCCCUCAGGCCAGUCCCCCCACUUGUGCCCUGGGUUCCGUUUCUGCUACCUGCUCCAGAACUUGACCCUUUCCCUCCUGGCAGCUUUUCACCGCCCUCCUCACUGAUCCUCUCUCUUGGCCUUUAUACAUGCUAGCAUCUCUACUGUCUGAAAAACCUGUCCUUUGACCUCCCCUCUGCCCCUGCUGCUCCUGGCCGGCAUCUAACCGCCCCCCUCCCCUUCAUUGCUGACCACCCUCUGAAGAGUUGCUGACACUCUCCUCCUCCAUUUGCUUCAGCCCCCCACAUCUACCAGAUUCCAGAGGUGGCUUUUGGUUUUCUUCUUGAAGUGGCUGAGCACUCCUACUUAAAACACGAUCUUUCCCUUUUCUUGGGACCACGCUCUGCUGCUUUUCCUCUUAACCCCCUGGCCCUUCUCCUUGCUCUUUCCUUCAGCCUCACAUAGCCAGACUCGGUGUCUCCACUUGGCUGAUGUCCCAAAGAUGCGUCCCGCAGUUGAGAUCGAAUCCAUCACCUCCCCAACAGUGUUCCAGAGUGGCCUCUCCCCGACCCCUCCCUUGCUUCUCUUCCUUCUAAGCAUCCUAAGCCCAUCCUGACCCUGGAGUCUGGGCCAGGGCCCUUUGUUCCAGGGCAUUCUUCCUUUCCUGAAGGCACUGACCUCAGUUUGUAGUUAGACCUUCAUUAGGGGAUUAUUGGAUGACCCUCUCUGCCCUCUUAGUCUGUAAGCUCCGUGAGGGGUAGGGACAUGGUCUGCUUUUUGUUCACCACUGUAUUCCUGCAGGGCCUGCCACGGUGCCUGGCACUUAACAGGUGCUCAAUAAAUGUUUGUUGAAAGAAUGAGUGUGAGUUAUUUUUUUUAAUGUCUUCCUCCACACGAAAUUGUCAGCUUCCUAGUUGGGUGUGAUCACCAUUGUAUCUCCAGGGUCUGUCAACUGGGCCGAUGCACAGUAAGGCCUCAAUGAUUUUUAGGUCACCUGUUGCUGAAUGGAUGGGGACCCAACUUGCUGUCUGAGUCGGCAGUCUUAGGGGAAACCAGAACAAUCAAAGUUGAGACAGGACAGGCCAAGGGCCAUCUUGGUUGUCUGGAAAGUCAGGAUUUAGUGAGAAAGCGAUCCUCUUUUACUCCACAGACAAUUGGUAGGGCAUCAUGGUUAAGGAUGUGGACUAAGGCCACAUGCUAUGGAAGUGGCAGAGCUGGGCUCUGAGCCAGGGUGGUCCUGCUCUAGUUCCCCAGUUCUUAACGGCUGUACCAGGCUGGGUGGUGUGUCUUACCGGCGGGGCAUUGCCAGGCAAGUUGCUUUCCUUUUCAGAGCCUCAGUUUCCCUCAGUGGGAAUUUGGAGGGGAUCGCUGUUUGUUAGCACUUUAUAGGCGAUGUUCCACUAUUUGCUCAAUCUACCCCACAGCCCUCUGAGAGAGCUAUUACCGUUAUACCUUCUUUAUGGAGGAGGAAACUUGAGGCAUCAAGAGGUUAAGUGACUUGCUCCAGGUCACACAGCUGGUAGGUGGCAGAGCUGAGGUUAUUCAAAGUUACAUGUCCUGACCCUUUAUUGAACUGUGAAAUCAACUUCCUGGAUCCCAAUGAAUAUUAAAAAGAACUAGCAUAGGAAAUAAUCACUGUGUCUCACAACACGUAGUAAAGGUAAGUGCCGUUUCAUUCAAAGAACAACUGUUUUCCAGUUCUCUAUAAGUAUGUAUAUUUACACGUGUAUGGGUGUGCUGGCUUAUGAUGUAAAAUGUAUUUCUUACUGUGGGUCACCGCCAAAUGAAUGAAGUCACUGCCGUGAAGGAAGCUCAUGACAACGAUAAAGUGCUCUCCUUCCUCCCACCCCGCUGGAUGGGCUCUAAGUCCCAGGUUGACACCGACACAGACCCUAGUUGGGGAAGGCAGAGCAAUGCCCCCACAGAAUGUGGUGGCUUUCACAGCCGCUUCAAACCCUGCUCUUUUCAGAAAGCAGAUGGCUUGGGGUAACCGGGAUUCCAAGUAUCGUGGGGCAGGUUUCUGAGGCUACCUGACCCCUUGGAGAGUCAGCAUUAUCUUCGAGCUGACUACAUGUGAGCUGGGGUCUGCUGAGUUUCCCUUUGGGUUUCAGCGCGUGACCCACUUAGGGCUGGCCAAGUUCUUGGAAAACGGCAUCAGGGGUGCUCCCAGAGGACUCGGGGUGGUGGGGGCAGUGAUGUGACUGCUCUGAAAGUCUGCUUUGCUCUUGCCUAUUGGGGGUUGUCAGCCCUCCCCCGCUCGCACUCUGGCGAUUGACAUUUUUGUUCUGUCUCGGCUGGCCCAGGCUGGGGCCAAUGGCACCUCUUUCUGAAAUCUCACCUUCUGGUCUCCCCGGAUGUCGUCUGAGGUCAGCAGUCAUUGAGUUUCCUGAUGGCAGGAGGAAUUUCACGCCUAGGAGACUGGUGUGGCCCUUCUAGGCUGCACUGUCUUGACCAAGUGCACCCCAAGGAUGCAUCCCGGGUGCGGGCCCAGGUCCCCGGGCCUGUCCCCGGCCCACCAUUUCCCUACUGCCCUUGAGGAGGUAGCACGUGGCAUUUGUAGGGCUGGUGCCAAAAGAGCAGGUUUCCUUCUCGAAAACUAGCAAGCACCCUGGAGGUACAGUUUUGUUCUUAAUCUCCUCCCUCGCCAUUUUUCUAAGAACCCCUCUUCUCUGUUACUGAUCAGUGAGUCAGUAUACACUUGUACUCCAUUUCUCUUACUAUCCUCCUUUUGAUUAAAGUCAUAGCUGCCCCUGAAUGUUUACUGUGAAAGACAGUUCAAGGAUAUUUAGGUUUUCUCUUUUUUUUUUAGCCCACAGUUUCGAACACUGUCUUCAAAAUGGAGCCCUCUUUGGAUUGUUAUCAGUGUGGUGUGUAGUUAGUGGGUGUAGAGACACGGUUCCUUGAGCCUUAGUUUCCGCAUUUGUAAAAAGGGAAGGGUGCUGCUUUGAAGGAUAGAUGUGAAGGUUUUCAAAUGACUUGGUGUAUCAAUGAAAAGGGCCCACGUUGGAGGAGAUGAACGAUAAAUGCUUGUGCCUUCGGCUUUCAUCUCUCUGACUUCAGAGGUAUGGAGAGUGCCCUGUGUACUUCUGCUGACUUUGUGGAUCUUGGGAUUGGCUGAAUUGCUUGACCUGAUUUUUGGAAGCUCCCCCUCUUCUCACGCUCCUCAGCUGCAGAAGAGAUGCUCUGGGGGCUGAGAGAUUUGUUUUAUAUUUGUUUUUCUUCUCUCUCUUCUUCCUUCAGCUGAACUGUGGAAUUCUUUUCCUUCUGGUUGGCUGCAUCCCGUGUCCCCCCCACCCCAACCCCCGCUUUUUCUCUCUCACAUACAUCUAGGACUCUGGAAUGGUAUUUCAGAGCCUGGUUGUGCAUGUCAACAUUGGGCCAGAUGGCAGGAGAUGGCUUGCCUAGUCCUGCCCCUGGGAGGGAGGGCUGCCCUUCUGUUUGUGGGUCUUCUUGAAGAAGCUUGCUUUAGAAGAUCCUAGAAAGGUGACAUUUUCUCUAACAAAGGACUACGCCAGCAAAAGAAGUCCGUAGAAAUCGUGUUGGGCCCACAAGCCCAAGGACCUGGAUUUUAAACUUACUGGGAGGACUGGUGCAGGACCAAGCUGGUUUGUUCCAAAUCCCCCUUUCUUAUCUGUGAUGCUCGGGAGUUGGUGGCCAGGCUUCUGGAGUCACUCACUCCAGGGCCUUGUAAUAUUCAGAUUCGACGGCCCCUUCUGGAGCUUCCAGACUCUAGAUCCAUGUACCUGGCUCAAAUUUCCUCCCUGAGGGAACUUGCCGCCACUUCCGUGUCUGGUGGUCACCUAGCCACGUGUCCCACGAAGGCAGGGAAACUGGGAAUGAAUAUAUGGGCAAAAGGCAGGUCCAAAGAAAAGCCUGAAUGAAAGAGGAGGGAGAGAUCUUGUCUGUUAUUGCUGCCCCCCUCUAUCUACUUCUGGAAAGGAUCGGAGAUGGGGUUGGGGUAAGACCCCAGUUUCCCUUGUCCGGGAAGUGGCAGUUUGUUGAUCGAGAGCCUGGAUUUAGACAUGGGAGCUAGAAGGCUUAGGUUUCGGUCCUCGCUGCCUGACCUUGAGCUGGUUUCCUCGGCUUCCACGUCAUCAUCUGCGAGACGCGGAUAAUAAUACUACGUACUUCACAGGAUUAAAAGUACCUACCUCACAGGAUUGUCGUGAGGAUUGCAUUAAUAUACGCGAAAGCACACAGAACAGUGCCGAACAUCAUAGUAGGUAUUCUAUUCAGGUCAGCUAGUGAUCCUCGGCUUUUGUGAGGUAAUUGAUUAUGUGUUUUCAAAAAGUUGCAACCGUCUGCAGAAAUGUCAACAUCAUCGUAUUACCUUUUCGGAACGAAAAGGUCUGAGCAAUUGCCUCAGCUCCUCUCAGUCUCUGCUCAUGUUUUUGUUAACGCUUCCCUCUCAUUUGCCUUCAUCGGUAAACAUUUGGUACUCAUUUCUGAGAAUGAGAACAGCGAUUUCUCCAUGAUCCCUGUGACCCCACCCCUGGCAGAGACUGGCUGAAAUACACUUGCCUUAUGCCACUUAGACCUCGGGGCCUGACUUGCCUGGCGGAGGAGGACCAACUUUAAUGAAUAUCUGCCGUCGAUUCAGCCCCCGCUCCGUGCCAGGCCCCGGUGUCUGCCUCGAUGGCCUUGACUGCCCUGUGCUUGGUGUGCACAUCCUGGCUGUCCUGUGCUCUGUUUUAAGGCCUACUGAGGAAGAGCUGAGGAUGAAGAGUGCGAAGGACAGCACCCCUGCUAUGGCAGAGCGCCCUAGUGUCCAGGAGUCGGUGGGUCCCCUGGUGGCCCCCACCCCUCUCCGUCCAUGGCCUCAGAUGACGCUUCAGGUUUCUGAAGUUACAGUGUCUGGCAAACCCCCAGAGGAAGGUGACGUCCCCAGAAGCAAUCCGCCUGUGGCUUUCACGGAGGUCCCCCAGGCACCGGCCAUCAGGAUCCUCCCCUCUUCCUCUCUCUGUGGCCUGGGUGGCUCCCCCAGGGACCAGGCCUCGGGGCCCGAUGCAAGUGAGGGGGCAGCCGGGCCUCUCCUGGAACCCAGCCAGCAACAGGUGGAGGCCACAUGGGAAGUAUCGAGAGAGAAUGGAGGGGGCCGAAAGGACUCCGUGGUGGGGGCCGUUGUGGAUGAACCCCCUGGGGGUCUGGAGGUGGUGAGUGGGUCGGAGGAGCUGCUUGGCGAGGACACCAUCGACCAGGAGCUGGAGCAGCUCUACCUGUCCCACCUGAGCCGCCUGAGGGCUGCUGUGGCUGCAGGUGGGGCAGGGGCUGGCGGGGAGGGCCCCACAGAUGGGGGGGUAUCCCCCAGCCAUGCCCCGGGCAUGCUCACGGACCGCGACCUGAUCUUGAAGUGGCCUGGCCCCGAGCGGGCCCUGAACAGCGCCCUGGCGGAGGAGAUCACACUGCACUAUGCGCGGCUGGGGCGUGGUGUGGAGCUUAUCAAGGACACUGAGGACCCUGACGAGGAGGGGGAGGGCGAAGAGGGACUCUCCGUUAUACCCCCCAGCCCCGAAGGGGACACCCCCAAGGAAUCACCUCCGGAAAUCCUCUCGGGGGCCCAUUCUGUGGUAGCCACCAUGGGAGAUGUGUGGCUCCCGUGGGCAGAGGGCUCGGGUUGUGACAGCCCCGUGGUUCUGGGUGCGGAGGGUCAGUUCACUGGGGCUCCAGAAAAGGGCAUGGGCAAGGACACCGACUCUUUGCGUAUAAGUAGGGUGACAGCUGGGGUGACCGGCUCCCCAGGGGGGAAGCAAGGCCGGAUGGAGUUUACCACCGAGUGGGCAGACAGCUUGGUUCCUAUACCUGGUAAGGAGCUAGCUGCCCCAGUCCUACGGGGGCAAAGUGUCACCCUCCUUGGUCCCUCCGGGGCCGAAGUCUGUCCUUCUGGCCUGGCCAGGCCGCACGUGAGCUCCCAGGAUGAGGAGGGUUCAGGCCCAAGCCUUGAGCCCCCAAAGAAGUCUCCCACCUUAGCAGCCCCUGCAGAAUGUGUGUGUGUAUUUCCUCCCCAGCUCCGGGGGCCCUUGACCCAGACUCUGGGGGUCCUGGCUGGGUUGGUGGUGGUCCCUGUGGCUCUGAACAGUGGUAUGUCCCUCCUGGUGCUUGCGCUGUGCCUCUCUCUGGCCUGGUUCUCGUAGAGGCUGCUUGUGGGGGGGCAGCAAUAACAGGCUUCCCCCCCUCUCUGGGGUGUGGGGAGAGGCAGUCGCUACACUCCCCCCCCAGGGGAUUCAGAUAUGAUGUGUGGCCUGUAUAGUCAGGGCUCUUUUGCUUCUGAGAAUGCCCGACUGGAGAGAGACCUUCCGGUCCCUGAGGACUUGUUGGCCCGGGGCUCCCUGCGGUGAUACCGGUGGAGGGGAACGGGGCACGGUGGAUGGUAUGAGAUAACUUCAGAGAGGAGCUGGGCAUGUCCUCCCUUCCCCCCCCCCGCCCCCGCCCAAGCCUGUAUUUAUUUUUGUAUAAUUCUCUGGAUGAGGGAGAGUGGUCGUGAGCUGGUCUUGGGGCACAAUUACCCAGAGAUAUAUUUAUUAACAGCCAACCUGUGCAACCUGCUGGAGCUUUAUUUUUAAUUUAAUUUAUAUAGAGUACCUAUUAUUAUAUGCCACAAUAGAGCUCUAUGAGAAAUGAUGUGUCUUGCUGUACAGUGUUCUCCUGUUUGGGCCUGAGUGUGUGGGGUGGUCAUGUUCUGUGGGAGGGGCAGGGUGGGGAGUUGGGCGUGGGACACGUUCAUGCCUGCUGCCACGGCUUCAAUAUGUGUCACCUCACCUUUAUGGUCCUACCCCCUGUGGUCCAGUGGUCUUUGGAGGGGCGGGUCCUUCGGUAUUUUCUAUAUUCUGCCAGGGAGGGAGGAAGAAUGAUUGAUUGCCAUAUGAGGGUUUGGUGUGCAACACGUGGCCGCAGCGGUGGAUGUGGGAAUACCGGCUGUGAAUCAGCCACAAGGUUUUGAGGUUCCUGGGGAAAAAAAAAAAAAAAAGCCUUUGACACCAAGAAGGAGACCCCUCUGUCCCCAAGAUUGGAAAGGUCUCACAAGGGACAGAGGAGUUAAUGUGCUGUGAAGAAUUCAUACCAGAGUUGUUGUCCACAGAUUUUGCCUUUCUAACUCAAAACAGGAAACCCAGAAGCUUUGAAAGAAAGGAUAGAUAUAUUUACUGCAUGCAAAUAAAAAUCUCUGCAUUAGCAAAACAAAACACCAUA